AUGGAAAACACAAACGGGCCAGUGACCAAGUGUGGCAGCAUGGGGACAGGGGAUGAGGAGGUACGCCGUAAUUGGCGUAAGCCGCGAGUAGAGCCUCGAGGCUCCGAGCCCGGGACUCGAGCCUUGGACCUGGGGACUCGCGGUCCGGCCAUGGGGGCCUCUGGUGGGGGAGGGGAUGGCUGGUUGACUGGCCUAGAUAGACGGCUGGGGUGUGAGAGAGCGAGCAAUUUGGCGAAUGAAUAA